AUGCUGUUCGCUCCCGGCGGACCUCAAAGCCCGCGUCGCCGUAAUCGAAUCAAAGCCAUUCUCAUUACUAUCGCCAUCGUUCUCACACUCUACCUGCUCUUCUUCGCGGGUCCCGACUCGUCCGCCGAACCAGCAAGCAAUGAUCGCCCCAGCUAUGCGCAACGCCCGAAUCCUAAAUUGAAGAAUACAGACGAGCAGGCUCGUCCCGCGAUUAGGAAAAGGAAGGAUAUGAUUGUGGCUAGCAUGAAGAAUGAUGAUACUUCAUGGUUGGCCGAAUAUUUCCCGGACUGGUCGCGCAGUGUCUAUGUAGUAGACAAUAAAAAAGCACCCUUGACUGUUGUGAAGAACAAGGGCCGCGAGUCAAUGGUUUAUUUGACAUACAUCAUCGACAACUAUGAAAAUCUCCCUGAUAUAAUGCUGUUUAUUCACUCCCUACGCUACCAAUGGCAUAACGACGAUCCAUACUACGACGGGGUCCCCAUGCUUCGCAACUUUCAGGUUCCAUAUCUCCAGAAGAUGGGAUAUGUCAACCUUCGCUGCGUGUGGACACUAGGUUGUCCGGAGGAAAUACACCCGAUGACAGACACGCACCGCGAUGAUGUCCAUGCGGGUGAAUACUUCAUGAAAGGUUUCGCAGAGUUAUUUCCAGAUACACCGAUUCCUGAUGAAGUGGGUGUGUCAUGUUGCGCGCAAUUCGGCGUGACGCGUAAUAAAGUGCUCGAGAGACCAAAGAGCGACUAUGAGCGUUUCCGAAAAUGGCUUGCGGAAACGAGCCUGGGGGAUGACUUGAGCGGGAGGAUAAUGGAGUAUUCUUGGCAUAGUAAGUCCUUUCUCUCUUUCUUGGUGGAUCCUUUUCCCUUGGUGGAUCCUUUUCCCUUGGUGGCCUGUGAGCUUACAAUCUCUCUUUACGUAGUGAUAUUCGGACAACCGCCGAUUCAUUGCCCAAAGGCGGAAGACUGCUACUGUAAUGUUUUUGGACUGUGCAAUCUCAGCUGUCCGAAUGAUGCAUUUUGUGACAACCGCUACGUUCUACCACCCUUUUCAUCAUUACCGAAAGGGUGGCCAUAUCUUGGAUGGAAGGGCCAGGAGCAGGACCCGACCUAUGGAAUUCCUGAAUCAUGA